AUGGGCUCAUACGCAGCUCCGCACCCUGAUAAAGAGCUCGUCUACCCUCCAAUUGCUGACGACAGCAAGAAUCGCGCCAAAAUGGGAUUCAACCACGCCCAGCUGGGCAAAAUGCUUUGUCCUGCUAAGCAUCUAGUCGACUACAUCAAGGAUCCCGCAAGGUAUUACUACAGGAUGAAAGACAAAUUCGAUAGUGGGUCGUUGAAGGUAACCUCUGCCGUGUGGCCCGCCUAUCUGUAUCCAGGCGACAUUCCAGGCGAAGAUUUCGACGCUGAGGAUAUCAUCGAAGGACUUUUCCGUGGGUAUCUCUUAGAGCGGGUCGCUAAACAUAUAUUCACUUCUCCUUCAUCUGCACUGAAGGUUGGCGUCUCCAAUGGAACUCGCGCUUGCAAUGCGAAACUCCACAGGAUGACAGGAGUGGAGGCCGAACAUAUUGCAUAUGCCGCGGUCCAGGUAAGUUUUUUUAAAACAUGCACUUGA